UAGACAGUCAUGCCUGACCAAGUGAAAGCGCCCAAGAAGGGCUCUAAGAAAGCCGUUUCUAAAGCUACAAAGAGCGGCAAGAAGAGGAAGAGGAGCAGGAAAGAGAGCUACGCCAUCUACGUCUACAAGGUGCUCAAGCAGGUGCAUCCCGACACCGGAAUCUCGUCCAAGGCUAUGGGCAUCAUGAACUCUUUCGUCAGCGACAUCUUCGAGCGCAUCGCCGGGGAGGCCUCCCGUCUGGCUCACUAUAAUAAACGCUCCACCAUCACCUCCAGGGAGAUCCAGACCGCCGUCCGCCUGCUGCUGCCUGGAGAGCUGGCCAAGCACGCUGUGUCUGAGGGAACCAAGGCCGUCACCAAGUACACCAGCUCCAAGUAAAUCCUACUCAUCUUCAACCAGCCCAAAGGUCCUUUUAAGGACCACCCACCUGCAUUGAGGAGAGUAUAUUAUGCCUAAAAUCGGCGCGUAUUACAAUCAAAGUAAUACUAAUCGGAUAAGACAAAAUCUGAUAUGAACUGUUUGGUUACCUUUGAUUGAAACUGUCGUGUUUAUCGCUCCGUAUUUUCUCCAGUAACGCCGUACUUCACCCAAUCUGCAAUGAGGCAUAAAGAUAUAAUAAAUGA